ACGCCCAGCUCGGCCCAGCCGCCGCUGCAAUUCCUCCACUCUCCGUCCAGCAACGGCGCAGCAGCAAGGCAGCCAUGGCGACGGCGGCGGCGCAGGCGCUCCCGGCAUCGAUGGACGCGCGCGGGUGGGACGAGGCAUCGUACCGCCGUGGCAUCCUACGUGCUCGCGACUUCUCGUCGCGCACCCUCUUCCGCGCCGUCUUCUUCGACCAGAGCGACGACUCGGACUCCGACGUCCUCCUCGCCGCCGCCUCCAGCGAUGGAUCCCUCGCCUCCUUCUCCCUUUCAUCCUGCAUGUCCGCCGCUUCCGCCUCCUCCCAGGCGGAGGCUGCCGUCACGCUGGUUGAUCCCGUCUGCAUCGUGCAGGCGCACAGCGGCCCUGCCUACGAUGUCAGGUUCUAUCCCGAUCCGCAGCAACCGCUGCUCUUCAGCUGUGGGGAUGACGGACGCAUCCGUGGCUGGAGAUGGCACGAGAUGCAGAGCUGCCUUGUCCCGCUGUCCCUGCAAGGAGAUCAUCUGGAACCAGCACUUGACUUGGUCAACCCUCAGCACGAGGGUCCUUGGGGCUCUCGCUCUCCAAUACCUGAAAACAAUGCCAUUGCAAUUAAUAAACAGGAUGGAUCCAUUUUCGCAGCAGCGGGUGAUGCGUGCGCUUACUGCUGGGAUGUGGAGACUGGUAAAUGUAAAAUGACAUUCAAGGGGCAUACUGACUAUUUGCACAGUGUUGCAAUUCGUGAGUCAAACCGCCAGGUGGUAACAGGAUCAGAGGAUGGAACAGCCCGUAUUUGGGAUUGCAGAAGUGGGAAGUGUACUCAGGUUGUACAUCCAGUAAAGAAGAAGGCAUUUGAAAGCUCAUGGGUCAGUUGUGUUGCCAUUGAUGCAAGUGAAAGUUGGCUGGCUUGUGGCACGUCUAAUGGUAUAUCAAUUUGGAGUCUUCUCUCAAAUGAGUGCAUCUUUAAUUUGGACUGUCAUGCCCCUGUUCAAGACUUACUGUUUGAUAAGAACCAAAUUUUGGCAGUUGGUGCUGAACCUGUGCUCUCCCGUUUCACAAUAAACGGGACAGUUCUUUCGCAAAUAAAAUGUGCUCCUCAGUCGGCAUUCUCCAUCUCCAUCCAUUCAUCUGGGAUGGCAGCUGUUGCUGGAUACGGAGGCCUGGUGGAUGUGAUCUCAGAACUUGGGAGCCAUCUGUGCACAUUCGGUAGCAGGGGCCUUGACAAGUAAAUUAUCCGUGAGAAACGACCCUCUCCGAACGUUGCGAGAAUGCAACUUCCACAAUCACGUUGAGCUUUGUUGUGGAAUGUGAUGGCUGUAUUUUUUGCGCUGCUCUUGCGCUUGUUUCGUUCAAUGUUGUGUAUGACAAUGCACUACUGACCAAGAUGGUCCCUAGACAGUAAAUAGAUGCUAGCAGCUCGUGGAAAUGCGGAAAAGAUCCAUUCUGGUUCU